UGGUGGUGGUGGCAGAUGACGGUGGGGCCUCAUGUAUUCGUAGCGUGCAGAGAACUACGCCCGAGUUACAAUGGCCGGCAGCCCUCCUCAGUACUCUUCCACAGGCACGCCGAGGAGGUGGCCGCCUCUGCCAGGAGCUCUCGCGGGACGCUGGAGCUUUGCAGGGAGCCUCUUCUUGUCGUCCGGUUCUUGUGUCUGUUCAAGGCAACCCGUCCCAGCACUCCCCGACGCGGUGCAUGCCAGUACCAGUGGCGGGAAAGUUAAGCAAUUAAUGGAGUAACGUAAGCAGACAGAUGCAUUGCAAAUCGACACUCGGACGCCAGCGAAGUGAUCAAUAUGUAAUGAACGUUGAGUGGCACUGCAGGGAGUAGAUUCGAUGACUCCUGAACAAGACUCAUCAGAUCGCUACAGUGUGUUGCAGAGCCUGGAAGCGGUGAGCUGCUGCCAGAUGGAGACCACGGCUGUCCAGUAACGGCGUCAUAAUGCCCUCUAUGAAGCAAGCGGUGGCCUUCACAGCAUCCUUCGUCCUCUUCUCUUUCCUUUUUCUCCGUCCCACCACACAAGGCAUACACAUUCUUUCCCUUGUCAACGCUACACAACGCCUUGGAGACCCUUUCUUUGCAGCCUUUACCAUACACAAUGACAAUUACAAUGAUUCAUUCAGCAAUGUGACCGCAGCCAACAUUCCUCGUGAGCACAAGAACACAAAUGAGACUGAAUCUGCCGGUAACACCACGACGAAGGCUCCUGACGCAGACUCUUGGAUGAGGCACAUGGAGGAGCGAUUUGCAAAGAGACUGUUGAGAAUGAAAGCUGCCUGUCUCCGCCACAAGAGCCAUCUCCAGUACUCGGCCUCAAGAACAAUAAAGAGGAACCUUUUUUACAGCAAGAAGUACAAGUUGAUGGUGUGUGCUGUUGCAAAGGCGGGCUCCACCACCUGGAAGACACACAUCACGGCCAUCGCAGGCAAAGUUGCGCCUCCAGAAAUUGUACACGAAUUACCUUCCUUACUCGCCAGCCAUCAGCUCGGGGUCCUGGGCACGUGGGCCGCAGUGCAGUCCACGGCCACUACCACAGUCAUGACCGUGCGGCACCCUCUGGACCGCCUCGUCUCCGCUUACAGGGAUAAGUACAAUGAUGGAGCCCCGAUGCCCUCCACCAGUCGCUUCUCAAAGGAUGCGCUGAAGCACCUGGCGAGGCAGAGAGACCAAGGCUUGGAGUCCUUCACCUUUACGGAGUUCCUGAAACACGUCCUCGUGGAUCAGAAGGAGCGGCUGGAGAACGCCCACUGGAGGAAUUACUACAGCAUCUGCUCCCCAUGUGCGCUCGGUUACGACUUCAUCCUCAAUAUGGAGACCUUUACCGAAGACCUAAAGUAUAUUGUCAACAAACUGGGCGUAAUAGAGAUUGACGUGGGGUGGAAGCUGAAUGCCACGCCAAACACCACCACCUCGCCCCACUACUGGCACUACUAUACCAACGUCACCAAGCCCUUGCUCCGGCGUGUUCUCCGCAAGUACGAGGUCGACUUUCAGAUGUUUGGCUACGAGGUUCCCGCCACUCUGAAGGCAUUGCUGAGGUAGAGGGAAUAAGGUUUCAAGACUCACCUCGCUUCCCACGGUCAUUUUCAGCUUUGGAACUUUGAAACUCCAUUUUUUUUUCUUUAAAGGUGCGUUUUCCUUCAAUGGUCUUGUGUUUUUUUUAUUAUUUUGCUGUCCUUCCCCAGCGUCCGUCAUGUAC